UCAGAUUUUUGUUCCUGUAUUGGACGAUGACCAUUGGUGGUGUGCUGCAUUUGAGUUGAAGGAGAAGACCAUAUGGUUCAUGGAUACUAUGUACCCCAACCCCGAAGAGAAGCAUAAGUCUAUUCUGAAAAAUAUGAUCCCGGCCAUCGACACGAUGUUAAAUGUCCAUGACCCCCAGUGGGAACUAGGCACAAUGGGUAGUUGGGGAAGACAACUAGUCGAGCUUAUGAACAACACCGACAAUCAUAGCUGCGGCGUACUAAUGUUGGGAUGGAUAAAGUCAUCGGCCGCUCGUAUCGUAUCAAGAUAUGGAAUGGAAAAUAUUGUUGUGGCUCGAAAAGCGCUACUAAUGGAAGACUUUCUCUCGGAAUUUAAUGAAGCAAAGGAUGAAGCAUUGUCAGCAAUCACCUGUACUUGAAAGGCAUCUGAUGAUUCUCGUAGUAAUAUUAUGUAACUCUUGGAAACUGUUUAUUAGCCGGAUUAUCUAAUGUUUAAGAUUUG